UCUUGUACAGUAGGUGGCGGCUUGCACCUUAAAGUUGGUUGAGAUCCACCAUUAAACCCAAAGAAGAAGAAUGUUGCCCUUUCACCGCGUGGGGGCCGCAGUGUGCAGGCUGUGACGUUUUCACGGCCGGGGAACCUUUGCUCGGUGACACGAACAUUUUAUUCAGCGGACCGACAUGGCCGCGCUGCGAAGGAUAACAACCUGCUUCCGUAUUCUAAGGAGUUCAAAUCGUGUCCUCAUCAGUAGCAGAAAACCUGCGGGCAAGUGGACAAACAUUCUGUACACAGGUAUAUCGUCUUUAACUGUGGGGGCUGGGCUGUGUGCUAUACCUUUCAAACAGGCUGACAGCCUCUCUCAUGACUCCCUUGUCAGACGAGCAGCCUCUCUGGUUACAGACAGUUCAAGCACCUUUCUCUCCCAGGCCACCUUAGCCCUUAUAGAUGCCAUCACAGAGUACUCUAAAGCUGUUCACACACUCAUUGCCCUCCAAAGACGAUAUUUGGAAGCACUGGGAAAACUAACUCAAACAGAAGAGGAUAAAAUCUGGCAGGUGAUCAUUGCCCAGCGUUCUGAGGUUGAUGACAGACAAGAUGAAUGCAAGCGUUAUGAGUCCACCUGGUUCAUCGCAGUCAAACUGUGUGAAACGGCAGCUGAGGCAGCACGCACCUCAGGAGCUGAACAUGCGUCCAUCACAGUGGCAACAAACAUUCAAGUGGCCCUGUCGCAGGUGGAGGAGGCACAGAAACUGUCAAAGGAUGCCGAUAAAAAGUUGAUCGAAAUUAAAGUAAUGGAGGUUGAAAAGAUGGCGCAACAUGUUGCUUCCUUACAGAAUGAUAGUGAUGAGGAAGAGGUGCCUGAGGCUUAUCUAAGAGAAGAUUGAAACAAAUACCCAGAAAGAUCAGAAAACAGAGGAAAGCAAUAAAAAAGUAAUGAUAACGUUUGUUUCUUUUUGAAUCUAUCAUGUUUGGCUGUACGUAGUCAUGUGGAUGCUUACAUCUGUGCAUAAUCUACAAUAUUGAAUCACACAAAGGGAGGGGAAUGCCUCAGUAUUUCAGCAAAUAAGUGUUAUUUAAGUCAUUUAAAACUAGUAGUACCUUUUAGGAAUAUGUUUUCCAUCUAUUAUUUUAUUGUGACUCCACCAACAUCCAAUUUUUGUGUUUUUCAUUUGACUAAUUAAUUGUAAUAAAUACAAGAGACAAAAUAAAAA